AGAAAGUUUCUGGCGGAGGGUUUUUUACGUUGAACAGCAACUUCCGGGAAACUACUUCGAAAAGGUGAAAGUACCAACAUUCGUUCUUUUAGUGUUGGAUAACUUCCGUUAGUUGUAAGAGCGAAACCUACCAGGUACGUAGUUUAAGUGAUCUGUAAGGUAUUAAUUUAAAGUGAUCGAAGCAUAAAUAGGCGGGUAAUUAUGUUAGCGGAUCAGCUAACCCGGUAGCCACCGUGACACUGCCUGGAAUCUACACCCACAGCCUGGACUCAGAAAACCCAACAUUUGAUCUAUAAACCUACAGCAGGCGAGCUCCAUGUUUCUGCCCCUUUGAUGCUAUCACUGGAUUUUGUGUGUACAUUUUAAUGGGAGGCUGCUUCCUUUGGAGGAGUGGACUUUGGGGGCGACAGUUGCGAAGAAAGAGGAGAUACUGGCUGCCCGUCGGUCUCAGAUGGAGUCUCUGGCCGGCUACGUUUAUAAGGCAGCCAGCGAGGGUCGCGUCCUGACGCUGGCGGCUCUACUGCUGAACCACUCCGAGCCAGAGACCCGGUACCUCCUGGGCUAUGUGACCCAGCUGGCCGGGCAGAGGUCCACUCCGCUGAUCAUCGCAGCUCGGAACGGACACGACAAAGUGGUCCGGCUGCUCCUGGACCACUACAAAGUGGACACCGAACAAACGGGCACGGUUCGGUUUGAUGGAUAUGUCAUUGAUGGGGCCACGGCCCUGUGGUGUGCAGCUGGAGCAGGACACUUUGAGGUGGUGCGCAUACUGAUUAGCCACCAUGCUAAUGUUAACCACACAACCGUCACCAACUCUACCCCCCUGCGUGCUGCUUGCUUUGACGGACGCCUGGACAUAGUCCGCUACUUGGUGGAGCACAAUGCUGACAUCAGCAUCACUAACAAGUUCAACAACACCUGCCUGAUGAUCGCUGCCUAUAAGGGUCAUGUGGAAGUGGUGAAGUUCCUGUUGGAGCAGGGGGCAGACCCCAAUGCCAAGGCACAUUGUGGCGCGACUGCCUUACACUUUGCAGCAGAGGCCGGUCAUCUGGAAAUCGUGAAAGAACUGAUGUGUUGUCAGGCGGCCAUGGUGGUGAAUGGACAUGGCAUGACCCCGUUAAAGGUGGCUGCAGAGAGCUGUAAAGCUGAUGUGGUGGAGCUGCUGUUGUCCCACGUCGACUGUGACCCUCACAGUCGCAUUGAGGCCCUGGAGCUGCUGGGUGCAUCUUUUGCCAAUGACAGGGAGAACUAUGACAUCCAGAAAACGUACCACUACCUGCACAUGGCCAUGACGGAGCGCUACCACGACCCUGACAACGUUGUUGCUAAAGAGCUGCUGCCUCCUGUUGAAGCCUACGGAGGGCGUAGCGAGUGUCAAACACCUCAACACCUGCAGGCUAUCCGAGCUGACCGAGAUGCUCUGCACAUGGAGGGCCUGAUAAUACGGGAACGCAUCCUGGGCUCAGACAACAUUGAUGUGUCACAUCCCAUAAUUUAUCGUGGUGCUGUCUAUGCUGAUAACAUGGAGUUUGAGCAGUGCAUUAAACUGUGGCUCCAUGCGCUCCAUCUCCGACAGAAAGGAAACCGGAACACACACAAAGACCUGCUACGCUUUGCCCAGGUUUUCUCUCAGAUGGUCCACCUGAAGGAGCAGGUGACGGCGUCCGCCGUGGAGCAGGUGCUGAACUGCAGCGUGCUGGAAAUCCAGCGUAGCAUGGCACGAGUCGAGGCAGCGGCUGAAUCUGAGCUGCCACAGGCCAUAGACAAUUGUGAAUCAAAUAUUUUCACCUUCCUCUACUUGGCCUGCAUCUCCACUGAGACAAUCUGCAGCGAUGACGAGCGCGCCCGCAUUAACAAGCACAUUUACAAACUGAUCCAGCUGGACCCACGGUCCCGCGAGGGCUCCUCUCUGCUACACCUAGCCAUCAGCUCCAACACACCAGUGGAUGAUUUCCACACCAACGACGUCUGCAGCUUUCCUAACGCGCAGGUUACCAAGCUGCUGCUGGAUUGUGGAGCACAGGUCAAUGCAGUUGAUCAUGAAGGUAACACCCCGCUUCAUGUUAUUGUCCAGUACAACAGACCCAUCAGUGACUUUCUCACACUGCAUGCCAUCAUCAUCAACCUGGUGGAGGCCGGCGCUCACACAGACAUGACCAACAAGCAGAAGAAGACGCCGCUGGACAAGAGCACCACGGGUGUGUCGGAGAUCCUGCUGAAGACGCAGAUGAAGAUGAGCCUUAAGUGCCUGGCAGCCCGAGCUGUCCGGCAGCACCAGAUCACCUACCGCAACCAGAUUCCCAAAACGUUAGAGGAGUUUGUGGAGUUCCAUUGAAACAAACAUGCUGGUGUUUUAUGAGGAAAACUUUGAGUUUUUUUUUUUAAAUGAAGUCUGAUGGUCCCGAGGAUGAUGGAAGAGAUAACUGACCUUUAAAAAAACAAGCAAAUUCUUGAUAAAAAGGAGAAAAAUAAAGCGUCGUCCUCUCGGUUCUCCGGGGAGACACUUCUCUCCGAAGGUCUGGCAGACGUUGCCACAGCUUUGUUGUGUGAUGAGAGGACGUCUUUAUCUGGAGCUCCUGCUGCUUCCUUUGCCUUAUUUUUACACCAGAGAGCUAGGAUGCGACUGGGACUCUGCCAUCAAGGGGAUUUUAUGGCAUUUCAUUAGACAAAAUGAGUGCCUGUCAAGAAACAGUCAAUAUAUUUUAUUUUUUAAUCUGAGAAAAGUUUUAAGUUUUAAUGCAACAACGUUAGACUAUUUAAUAAAGAAAAGAAGAGAAAAUAAUUAAGCCCCAACAUCACUGGACUGUUUGUCCUCAUUUUGGAGCUUAAAUAUGUCUUAAAUUAUGCCAACAGCAAGUUGUUUUUUCUUUUUCUUUGACAUAUCACUUUUUUUUUACUGAUACUUUUUAUUGUUGAAAAUAUUUAGUCUCUGAACUGACGACAGGAGCCUGCACUAUGUUCAGCGUAUUCCAGCUCCUCCAACCACAGCAGCUCUGGAGGUCCGUCCAGGUUUUCCAGCUCUGUGCAUGCUUGUGUAAAAGUCGUCAUCAUCAUAGUUGUAGUUGGGUGUACGAUCAGCUGCUGGAGGAAGGACAACUGACAAAAACAAAAAUAAACUGACCAGAAUGUCGGUCACAUCAUUAAGUAGAAAAUUACUGUCGUGUUUUCAUUUAAUGUCUUUUGGCAUCAAAUUGGGUAACGAACAAAAAAGUGUUUCAGACGAGUCACACUGACGUUAUUGUACCUGCCUAAUUAUUUCCUCUCAGCGAGGCUCUAACAUGACAGCUUUUAGUUAUUGAAAGAUUUUUUAAGGUGGACCAGGAUAUAAAUCCAACCACAGCUGCUUUGAUGAGCUUCUGCAGAGACAAAGGUCAAAAUCUGAAUAAAUGGAAAAAAUAAUGUCUAAGUCUGUAAUGGAAAAACAUUUUACGUGUUUGUGUUGGGAUGAAUUUUUCUCUGUUAAACUCAAUGUUCCUCCCUGUUGAUGAAGCGGUGCUCUUAUUUUUUUUUCUCCAAAAUAACUGAUUAUUUGGGUGGUAUUACUUUUGCAUGUCUGGAGGGCUGAAAUGAUGUAUUAAAUAACUUAAUUACAAAAGUCCUCACAGAA